GGUGGGCGGGCGGUGGUCGAGAUUGCUGCGGUGCCCGGAGUGGCUGGCGAGGGUCUGGAGGUGACUCUGAACUCCGCAGCGAGUGCGGUACUCCCGAGAACGCGGGAAGGGCGUCCGCGGAGCCGGGAGCGGGGCCGAGGCGCUGAGACGCGGCGGCGCGGCUGCCGGCUGGAUGGGAAGUUAAUGUUUACGGCGAAGUCCACCCAACGUUUCCAAGGUGGCGACAGACAAGGUUGCAGAAAAGCUGAGUUCUACUCUCUCAUGGGUGAAGAGCACAGUAUCGCAUACAGUCAGUCAGAUGGCCAGUCAGGUGGCAAGUCCAUCUGCUUCAUUACACACCACGUCCUCAUCUACCACCACACUGUCAACACCAGCCCUUUCACCCUCUUCCCCAUCACAGUUGAGUCCAGAUGACUUAGAACUCCUGGCUAAACUGGAGGAACAAAAUAGAUUGUUAGAGACGGAUAGUAAAUCUUUAAGAUCUGUAAAUGGGUCAAGAAGAAACAGUGGCUCCUCUCUUGUAUCAAGUUCAUCUGCCUCUAGCAACCUCAGCCACCUGGAAGAAGAUUCUUGGAUUCUUUGGGGAAGAAUUGUUAAUGAAUGGGAAGAUGUGCGCAAAAAGAAGGAAAAGCAAGUUAAGGAACUUGUUCGUAAAGGGAUACCCCACCACUUUAGAGCAAUAGUUUGGCAACUUUUAUGCAGCGCACAAAGCAUGCCAAUUAAGGAUCAAUAUUCAGAACUCCUGAAAAUGACCUCACCUUGUGAAAAAUUAAUCCGAAGGGACAUUGCUAGAACUUACCCCGAACACAAUUUUUUUAAGGAAAAAGAUAGCCUCGGGCAGGAGGUUUUAUUUAAUGUAAUGAAGGCAUAUUCUUUAGUGGAUCGUGAGGUUGGUUACUGUCAAGGAAGUGCUUUUAUAGUUGGAUUAUUGCUUAUGCAGAUGCCAGAGGAAGAAGCUUUCUGUGUAUUUGUUAAAUUAAUGCAAGAUUAUAGACUUCGUGAACUUUUUAAACCAAGUAUGGCAGAAUUGGGCCUUUGUAUGUACCAGUUUGAAUGCAUGAUUCAGGAGCAUCUUCCAGAGCUCUUUGUACAUUUUCAGUCUCAGAGUUUUCAUACCUCAAUGUAUGCAUCAUCCUGGUUUCUCACUAUCUUUCUUACAACUUUUCCGUUACCAAUUGCAACAAGGAUUUUUGAUAUCUUUAUGUCUGAGGGCUUAGAAAUAGUGUUUCGAGUAGGCUUAGCACUUCUUCUGAUGAAUCAGGCAGAAUUAAUGCAGCUUGACAUGGAAGGGAUGUUACAGCACUUUCAGAAGGUCAUUCCACAUCAGUUUGAUGGCGGUCCAGACAAAUUAAUCCAAGCAGCUUACCAAGUUAAAUACAACUCCAAAAAAAUGAAAAAGCUUGAAAAGGAAUAUACUACAAUAAAAACUAAAGAAAUGGAAGAGCAAGUUGAAAUUAAAAAACAUCUUUAUCAGUGCUUCUUCCAAUCUAUUGAUGUUCCACCUGAGGGGGAGGAGAGGUUACGCACAGAGAACAGACUUUUGAAACAGCGUAUCGAAACACUAGAGAAAGAAAGUGCUUCCUUGGCAGAUAGAUUGAUACAGGGACAAGUGACAAGAGCCCAGGAGGCUGAGGAAAACUACCUCAUAAAACGGGAGUUGGCCACCAUCAAACAGCAGAGUGAUGAGGCCAGUGCUAAGCUGGAGCAAGCUGAACAUACCAUCAGGAAGCUCCAGUGCCAACAACAAUGGCAUAAAUGCAGUUCCAACUACAAUGAGGAUUUUGUGCUGCAGCUAGAGAAGGAGUUAGUCCAAGCCCGACUGAGUGAAGCCGAGUCUCAGUGUGCUCUAAAGGAGAUGCAGGAUAAAGUUCUGGACAUAGAGAAGAGGAACAACUCCCUUCCUGAUGAGAAUAACAUUUCAAGUCUUCAGGAAGAACUCAUCGCUGUGAAACUGAGAGAAGCAGAGGCGAUUAUGGGUUUGAAAGAACUCAGACAGCAAGUCAGAGACUUGGAGGAGCACUGGCAACGCCACUUAUCUCGUACUACUGGGAGGUGGAAAGAGCCACCUAAGAAAAAUGCUGUGAAUGAGUUGCAAGAUGAACUGAUGACCAUUCGACUUAGGGAAGCCGAAACGCAAGCAGAAAUAAGAGAAAUAAAACAAAGGAUGAUGGAAAUGGAAACACAGAACCAAAUCAAUAGUAACCAUCUUCGAAGAGCAGAACAAGAGGUGAUCAGCCUACAGAAGAAGGUACAGUAUCUUUCUGCACAGAACAAAGGACUACUUACUCAAUUAAGUGAAGCAAAGCGCAAACAAGCAGAGAUCGAAUGCAAGAACAAGGAAGAAGUGAUGGCGGUGAGACUGCGGGAAGCAGAUAGCAUAGCUGCUGUAGCUGAACUGCAGCAGCACAUUGCUGAGCUUGAAAUCCAGAAAGAAGAAGGAAAGCUUCAAGGACAGCUUAACAAGUCUGAUUCUAACCAGUAUAUUAGGGAACUGAAAGAUCAGAUAGCAGAGCUGAAUCAUGAGCUCAGGUGCCUAAAAGGCCAGAGGGGCUUCUCAGGCCAACCUCCUUUUGAUGGAAUCCACAUUGUCAACCAUUUGAUAGGAGAUGAUGAAUCAUUCCAUUCCUCCGAUGAAGAUUUUAUAGAUAAUUCCUUACAGGAAAGUGGCAUUGGUUUUCCUUUGCACAGAAAAUCCAGCCCAAUGUCUUUGAACGCUGCUGUGGCAGAUGGUAGUGAGAGUGAAACAGAAGACGGGGUCCUGGAGACCAGAGAGCGCGAUGGAGUGGGCGGAAAGGAGCCGCCCCCCAGGAGAAGAGAGUCCUACUCAACCACUGUCUGACCUUCACUGUGACCCAGACUGCGGGUUUCUUUAAGGGAUCAGUUAUAUGACGAGGGAUUUGGGAACUUAAUCUGUUUCAUAUGUACAUAUAUAUUUUAUAAUCUUAUCUAACUUCUAAUCUUUGCCAAAUCUUUACCACUGACUUAACCAUUGCCAUUAAGUUGACUGGAAUGUGGUUAAUGGGUAAAAUAAGAUCCUAACAGUAUUAUUGAAUAUUAGUGUUGCUUGUUUAGAAAAUGCAACUAUAUAUGUGGGAACCAUUUUGAAGUUCAAAACUAUGGAAAAUUAUUUUCUUCAGACAAAACUACUUGUGCAAUAUUUUAUGCUCUGUGAACAAACUGUAUAUUUAUGUUUAUCAAUUUGUUUUCAAGGUGGCUGUCUGCAGACAUUUGACCAAGACAUACAUCUUAUUUACCUUCUGUUUUGUGUUUGGGGUAUUUUUUUUUCCCAUGAAAAUUACUAUUUUAUGAGUGGGCCACUGAAAAUUCCCAGACACAAAAUCUUUUUUUUUAUAUAAAUUCAUAAACAAAAAUUAAUGGUUGUCUGUUUAGAGAGUUUUAAGUUUUCUUUUAAUUUUUAAUUUUUGUGUGCAUAUGAUGCUUCCAUGUGUUAGUUACUAGUCAUAGUAGGUUAACUACAAAAACACUGUUCCUUUGUUGUAUAUAUUUAUGAAUCUGCACACCAGCCCCUAAUAUCAUUUUAUAUGAUGACCAUAUAUGUUGCAAAAUGACUGCUUUCAGCAUUCUAGCAGGACUUCUGUAAAUAAUAAGUUAAAAGUAAAUUGAAAAGUAAAAAUAAUAAAACCAAACACUAAUAUUUUAAGAGCUUUAGCAUUUUGCUUAGCAUUCAACACUAACAGAUUCAUAAUUUAACUGAUGCCUGUUCAAAACACUAUUGGUAAAAUCUUUUACUUCCUAUGUAUAUGAUGAGUUUUUCAUGGUUAAACAUGUUAUAGCACAUACUACUUAUAUUCUACUUAAUAUAAUUUAAGUAAUGUGCUAAGCUCCAAGAGGCACAGAAGUUAUAUCUACAAAUAAUCUAUGAAUAUCUUCAGAUUCUCUAGUUUUUAAUCUAUAGAUAAAGCCAUAAGAAUCUUUUCCUACCAGUUUUUCCUUUUUUUAUAAUUCAGACUUUUUUCCCCUAGAAAAUGGAAUACUGUCAUUGCCUAUCAUAAAUUGGAGGAAACACCCAAAUUACGUUUAUACUCUGGGAGGGUGACAGGAAUGUGUUGACUGGGCACCUUCCACUCUCAUUUUUCGUUAGCGGUCUCUGAAACAAAUAGCCUUGGGGGAAAAGAGAAGAGUAGAACUCUGUGUGAGCAUCCCUUUGCACAGUGUGUUCAUGCAGGAAAAGAAGUUAUAUGACAAAAUAGAGUAGCAGAGACAAAAGUUGUUUUCCUUCUAAAACCAGGAGUUAAGCCUCGAGCAAGGCCUUUGUAGCUAUUUGCCUGAGAAAUGAGAUUUAAAAAACCUGCUUUCUGUGUCUAUCCCUAGCACCAGGCCAGAUUCUAGUGCUUAAGUAAAUUUACCGGUGGUCCCAAGCCAAUAAGUACCAGGGACAAGAUUUUUAAUCCAGAUCUCUCUAACAUCAAAGGUUUUGAAAGAUUCAGCUAGUGAAUUAAUUUCUCGGUUUCCUGGUUUUCUGACAAUGUGAUUUAAAUGAAUUUGAUUUAAAUGUGUUUCCUGAAUAUAAUUACAGAUAGAGAUAUGUGAAUAUCAAUACUCAUAAGCUCUACACUGUUUAUGAAUAUAGUCACUACUGCUAGAAUCGUCUGGUGCUUUUGGGAUUCUUUGGGGGGUUCUUUACUGUCAAUGCUUAAGUGAAGUGAGAUGAUUCGUGGUCACAUUCUCGCUUUGACCCCCAUGUCUAGAAAUCUAGGAUCUGAACCAAAGGUCAACAAACUGCAGCCCAUGAGAUUAUCCCAGUCAGCUGCCUGUUUUUACUUUUUUAAAAAUGGGGAAAAAAUUAAAAAAUAUUUUGUGUCACAUGAAAGUUAUAUGAAUUCAAAUUUCAGUAUUCAUAAAUAAAGUUUUAUGGGCACACGCCCCUUCUUACCUGUUUACGUAUUGUCUAUGGCUGCUUUUGUGCUACAGUGGCAGAGUGGAUAGUUUGUUAACAGACUAUUUGGCCCAUAUAGUCUAAAAUAUUUACUAUCUGACCCUUUACAGAAAAGGUUUGCUAACUCUUGAUCCAGACACACUAAAAUUGAAGUUUACUUCUUCAGUUUGGCUCAGUAGAACAAACCAUAUGAAUGAUUUGGAAAUGUAAAAUUGCAUGGAUAUUAUGCUCAGAACUAUUCAAAAUGGAAUUCAGAUGUCUUAUAUGAUGCAGUCUUUGGUCCAUAGAAACUUUUGGAAGAAUACCUGUCUGUAAGUUUGCACAGAGAGAGAGAAAAAAGGAAAGAAUUCCAGAAUCUUAGCAUUGUUCUUUAAAGCAUGUAGCAUUGACCUUUAAGGUAAGCUUCAUUGAGUAAAUGCUAUAAUUUGACUUUAAAAUAAUAACAGUUUUCUAGAAUCAUGUUUGAAUUCUAAACUUUGAAAGAUAUUCUUAGGGAAUUUCCUAUGUGCCAUUUCUGAUUAGGAGUUAGAUGAUAAAAGAAUCAUGGCUCAAAUUUCUUAACUAGUAGAAUAUACAAAAGAGGGAUCAUGGUAAAUGAACCUUACUCUCUUGAUAUUCUUCUAAUUUGGACAGUGAAAAACUAGAAACAUCACUGUUUUCAUUCAAGAUCUUUGAUUCAGCCGGGCACAGUGACUUAGGCCUACAAUCCUAGCACUCUGGUAGGCCGAGGUGGGUGGAUGGCCUGAGCUCACAGGUCCAAGCCCAGCCUGAGCAGAGCGAGACCCCAUUGUUAAAAAUAGCUGGGCGUUGUGGCAGGCACCUGUAGUCCCAGCUACUUGAGAGGCUGAGGCAAGAGAAUCGCAUGAGCCCAAGAGUUGGAGGUUGCUGUGAGCUGUGAUGCCAAGGGUGGCAAAGUGAAACUCUUGUCUCAAAAAAAACACAAAUCUUUGAUUCAAAUAAACCUUAGAAGAGUUUAACAUCUUCCUGGCCUUUAAGAUGCAAAAGAGUACUGUGCCCUGAUUUAAUCCAGAUUAAUAUAAGUAUGUUAUAUUAAUAAGAUUCUGAGGCAUUAAACAAUGUUUUCUUGAUGGAUUUUUACUUAAUUAUUGAUAUUUUUCUGUUAUUUAAAUGUUAUUCAGUCAAACACUUAGAGUUGAGGACUAUUUGGGGGAAAAGGAGGAAUGAAAUGAGCCACACUAGGAAAACCGGCUCACUUGAGAUAAUUACCUGCCUGGUGUCAUUGCCAUCCUGGGUUCAGAGGCCAAGAGGCGAGGCUGUAAUGAUCUGAAUGAAAUGGAAGUCACAUUGAGGUAAUCAAGCAGAGAUAGCUUAGAUCAAAAACACUUAAACAGCCUUUUUAAAAAUUGGCACCCAUCUAUAGUCUUAGAUACUUGUAAGGCUAAGGCAAGAAUUUCGGGCAAUAAUGUGCUAUGAUUGUGCCUAUAAAUAGCCAUUGCACUGCAGCCAUGACAACAGAGUGAGACCCUGUCUCUAAAAACAAACGAACAAAAAAGGAUUGACAAAUUUUUUCUUCCUGGAAAAAGAAGUCAAAUGUCGGACUGUACAUAAUUUCUGCCCUUUUUUCUUUUUGCUAGACAGAAGGCACUCAAUGUUUGCUAACACAGACAUCACAUUCCAACUAACUGGCCAGUUAGGAAAGGAAGGAAGGAAAAAAGUGUUUUUUCAGCUCUGAACAUGAUGCAGCUUGUUAUUCUCCGGAUAGUGCCUUUGAUUGAAAACAAGGUCUAGACCUAUUAAAAUGCAUCAUUUUUGACAUCAGAAGAAAUGAUACGGUUCCUCGUUCUCGUUUAUGUCUUAUGUAAUGCACUAUAAUGUUCAGAUUUAAAGUAAAAGGAGUAUAUGAAUUACAUUUUGGUAACAUUCUUUCAUGACUAGCUUGAUUAAUGUAGUACCAACAUUUCAUGAAGUCAGUGAAUUACUUUAUUAAAACAGUGAGUUUUCGCUUGAAAGUAAUUGCUGCUCUGUCAAUAAUAAAAGAGUAAGUUUUAAAAAUUCUACUGAAAUUAAAAUUUCUAGUUAAAAGAAUAGUAGAUACUAUUUAUAAUCCAAGUUCUACAUUACAUCUAUUGACCUACUAUUUCUUCUUUUCACUUCAAAGAGGAGAUGGUAGAAUAAAUACGUUUUGAUAUACCGAAGAGAUGCAAAGUUAUAGUGUAUUUCAUUUUCCUGUUGGAAUUUUUUAUUGUAACAUUGUAUAACUUAAAAUGUUUACUUGUGCCUUUGCUUUAAACAAUUAAAGUUUUCCAUUUUA